AUGCGUUUGGAUGCUGGAGAGCGAGAACGGAAAAGUCGGCCUAGGCGGUGGCUAGGCGGUGCUGGGCGGGCGCUAGACGAAGCACUGACUGGGAGAGAAAGUUCCGUCCUCUGCGGGUGCAAGCUUCGGGUUCGGUGGAAUACAUUUAAAGAGUAUAGCCGGGCACGUGCAGCAUCUGCCAUGAGAGCUCUUUGCUUUAAACUCAGGAAGGAUGCAAAAUUCAGAAAAGACGCUCUGAUACCACUUGAUGCAGUUCAAGGUUGUUCCUUAGUCGUGCUCAAUCUAGCAGACAUUCUGAUAAGAGCAGAACCGUUGGCCACUGGUUUGGCAUCAGAUGUGCACGGGAAGGUAUGUGCUGGAACACAUUUUGUCACUUCACCAGAUUGA